GCCAUAUGAUUGGCGGGCGCGGCGCGCGCUCCCCCUUUUCCGCCCGACGCCGCCGCGCGAGGAGACGAGGUCCGCCGCCAUCAUGAACGACACCGUCACCAUCAGGACCAGGAAAUUCAUGACAAACAGACUUCUUCAGCGUAAACAGAUGGUUAUUGAUGUCCUUCACCCUGGGAAGGCCACAGUUCCCAAGACCGAAAUUCGAGAAAAGCUGGCCAAAAUGUACAAGACCACACCGGAUGUGAUUUUCGUUUUUGGAUUCAGAACUCAUUUUGGAGGUGGCAAGACAACGGGCUUUGGCAUGAUUUAUGAUUCUCUGGACUAUGCAAAGAAAAAUGAACCAAAACACAGACUUGCAAGGCACGGCUUGUAUGAGAAGAAGAAGACAUCAAGGAAACAGCGAAAGGAACGCAAGAACAGAAUGAAGAAAGUGAGGGGUACGGCAAAGGCAAAUGUCGGAGCUGGCAAAAAGAAGAAAUGAAGUGUCUAGCAGUGAUUUGGUGAGCCGGAGAUUGAAUAACAGAGGGAUUAAAUUGUUCCUGUAACGAUUUCAUCUGUGAAGAGGGGACGGUUUUUUCCACUAAGAAUGAAUAAAUUCAUAUAAAAGCCGG